GAACGUUACGUCCUCGAUGUGCGUCACACAAAGGACAGACUGAAAGGAAGCAGCCAUGUUGAGCCAGCUCUUAAUAUCUCGCUUUUAAUAACGUUGCAGUUAAUUCACUGACAAAAGUGGACUUAUAUCGAAACUCGGACGAAUUCUAAACCAUACCAAAAUGUCUACGGAUGAUUUUCAGACGAAGUACUCCUCCGUCAUGGAGGGGAUGCUGAAGGGUGCUAUCGCCGAGACCACGAAACUUUUCGAAACUAUGGUCGACGAUCUGAAGGCAGAAAUAUCUAAAAUCAAGAAGGAGAACGAGGACCUUAAAACAAAAUGCAGCCAGUUUGAGAAUGAGAGAAACCAACCCACUGUUGACACCAGAGAAAGUGAGCCUCCUCCAGGGCCAAGCGACGGGUCUGAGAAACGUGACAGAGCGGUUCAGUGUGACCUGGCUCCUGUCCGCACGGUGCUGGUGGAGCAAUGUCAACCAUUGAGGCACUCAUCAUUGCAAAAUCAAGAGCAACAAUGCCGUUAUGAGGAGAUAGAGUACUACAGUUUGCAGGACCACAACUACGGAGAGCCGAAUACUCAAAGGCCCUUUAUACUUGUCAAACAAGAAGUGUGUGUUAAACAAGAGCACACUUAUGAUGAUUCUCCUAUGCAGUCUGUCCUGGUGCAGGAGAAAGUUGAGCCCACUGAUGACGCAGGUUCACCGUGGGCCUCUGCUUGUGGAGCUGAGAAUGAAGGGCCUCGCAUUAAGGAGGUGUGUUCAAUUGGAGAAAUGCCGUUACAUCUAAAAGAUGAAGAGGACCAAGUGGCCCUCGAAUUACCCUGUUUGGGAAUGGAUAGCGAAGGAGCCCAGUACCAAUCGUCUGGAUUAGAGCAUUCACUAGUCACCUCACUCGCUGCAAUAAAAGACAAUAUGGAAGAAGAGUCUCAAGUCAGUCAGAAGAUAUCAGAAACACAUGGAGAACCCAUUCCAUUGGAAAAACGCCCAUUGGAGGUUGCUCAGCAUCAACCAGAGGUUGAACCUCUUGAAAAAGAGCAACCAUCAGUGGUCCCCCAACUGUGUCAAAGAGCGAAAGACAAAACAUCAGUUAAUAGACAGGCUGAUGUUGCUCUGCAACCAUAUGCAGAUGUGCAAUCUACAAACGAACGGUUGGCACAACCUACACAACUCAAAAAAGGAGAAGCAUGUGGAGAAUUAAAAAGUGGUGUGGCAGUUGGUGAGUCAAGUCCCCAGCCUGAGUUGCCUGUACGACGUAGAAGAGGGCGGCCACCAAAGAAAGCCAAAUGUCUGAAUCAGCCUGUGAAAGAAGUUGGUUCUCCGCCUGUUUCACUAGAAUCGUCAAGUAGAAGAAGUUAUUUAAGUAGAAGAUGUUCCUCUACAAAUGAAAAACCAUCCGAAUCUCAACAACCUUCCGUGGAAAUUAAAGAACAGGCAGUUCAGGCUCCAUCCACUGAGGGUCAGCCCAGAGGACGCUGCAGCUCUGUAACUCUUCAGGAUGCACUGCUAUUAGUUGAAGCCAUGAAUCAGUCAACGGUAGAAAAUACAUUCUCCUCUCCACAAAUAAUGGCAGCCCCACCUCAAACCCAGUGUUCCCCCAGUAUUGGUACCUUACAAACUGUGGAUGAGGUCCCAGCUGAGCCACAGACACCGCCAUGUCCUGAUGAAACUCAUGAAGUUGCAGGCAAUCUGCCAAUAACAGAGGUGUCCACAACGACAGUGGAUGAGGUCCCAGCUGAGCCACAGACACCACCGUUUCCUGUUGCAACUCAUGAAGCUGCAGGGAAUUUGGUCGUAACAGAGGCGUCCACGACAACACAAUCGACAAUAGAGAAACUUGGUGCUGCUCCCGCUGCUGAAGAUGCUACCCUAACCAAUAAAGCUCAGACCCACAUCAAGGCUGUCAUACCAAAACAACAACAUACGGUCACUCCAUCCAAUGCUACUACAUCUUCAAUGCCCUCAUCAACUGCUGCUGUUCAUACACGUAUGCAGUCACAUCAGCAGCACCCUCCCCUUCCUCUGAUUACAUCGGUAGCAGCCAGCAAACAGGGUAAGGCAGUGUCUCAUAAAAUAACUGCCAUGCCAAAAUCAGUAUCCUCAUUAAUACCUCAUAAAAUAGCAGCACUGUUUCCAACCCAGCUUCCUAUUGUUUUGUCAACUUCACUUCCGCACUCCACGACUGCAGGUCUGCCUCUCAGAAGACUUUCCCUAGCCUCUGAUCCUCAGAAAACAACACACCCUAUGUCCAGUAAAAUGCUUCCUGUUGUCCCUUCACAGUCGACCGCCACCUCAACAGACCCACAGUCAGGAACUCUACCACAACCAAAAAUAACAAUUGUAAUUCCGAGACAGAUGUCAGCUGUGGCGUCAAAGAAACACCAGUCACAGAGCAUUGUUCUGACAACCAAGCAGGACUCAGCCAAAUCAUCUGCUCCUGUUACAGUGUCAUUGUCACAGUUGUCAUCUCCUUCAUCACAGGAGUUAAGCAUUUCUGCGGACACACAAAGCGCUUCAGAUAAAGUGGGCACAAAACUGGACGGAAUGCUCAACUUGGAAUCUCCCAAACAAAUUGACGCUGGUUCUGAAACAAUAAAUGCACUUACAGAAACCCGUUCUAGUUUAAACAAGUCAGUGGGGCUAUUGCCAGCUGAACCCACGACUUUUGAGAAAAAACUCACUGCCGUGGUCCGAUUAACCAGGCUCCCAUUUCCAGUAUCACCCAAAGAAGCAGUUUUAGUCUCAAGACUGCUUACGGAUGGGUCUUCUAAAACCCAAAGCAAAAAAGAUACCACACAAAAGAAACCAUCAUCUGUGGUCAUAUCAACACAGCCAGCAAAGGCACUUGCAUUAUCCACUGAUAUUUGUCCCAAUGUAAAAGAAACUUCCGUUACUCUGUCUGCAAAUACCUCUGAGAUGUCAGAGAAGCCAAAUGAUAUUCAAAAGAAGGCACCCUUGUCCUCAAACGACACCAUUUUGGAAGAGUCAUCCGACAGCGCGUAUGUGCAGCCAUCUACACCAUCCAACGUGUCUGCAACCGUUUUAAAGAACUCAACUAUAGCCAUCAACACGACGGAGCCUCCAGCUGUAUCUGGUACAGCUGGCGAACCUACUUUUAAUAUUGAUGAGGAAAUAUUAGAAGACUGUGCAUUACCUACUGACCCACCUGUAGAAGAGAAAGAAUCAUCUCCAGUUAUACGUCUUAUCUCCAUCACCACCAAGGAAACGCCUGAGCCUCAAUUACAAAUGACUCAAGCCCAGUUCCUGGCACAGCUGAGAGUGUCGCCUGUUAUGCAAGAACCAAAACAGGCCUCCUCUGAUGACCAUGUAGAUCCCACCAGCUCCAGUGACAAAAAAAGGUUACAAAGAAAAGGCAUUGUAGCCAAACUCCGAAGUCAUUUCAAACCUCACUUGCAAGCAAGAAGAACAAUAACGAAUCCAGAACCACACAGAGAAUUGGAGACCCACACUGUAAACAACAAGAAACGGAGAUUGGAAAAAGACAGUCCAAAUGUUAAAAACACAUCUAGAGAAUCUAUUCGCCUCAGUUCAAAAAACUCAGGAGCAGUUGAAGAUGUUACAACUCCAGAAAAGACAACGAAUGAUUCCGCUUCUAUUAGUCCUAGGAGAUCUGGACUAUCUAGAGCAGGUGUUGGACCCAAGAGGACUGGUAGAGAACCAAUUUCUGUCAGUUCUAGGAGGUAUAAGGCUACUAGAAAACCCACUCGUGUGAGUCCCAGGAGGUCUAGCUCAAUAGAAGAAAGUGCUAACUCUAAAAACACCAAGUCCACUUUGUUGAGACCUAGGAGAUCUAGCUUAAUUCAAGAAAGUGCUAGCUCUAAAAUCACCAAAUCCACUUCGGUGAGUCCAAGGAGGUCUAGCUCAAACAAAGAAAGUGCUAGUUCUGAAAAGACAAAAUCCACUUAUGUGAGUCCUAGAAGGUCUAGCUCCAUAAAAGAAAGUACUAGCUCUGAAAAGACACAAUCCACUUCUGUGAGUCCAAGGAGGUCUAGCUCAAUUAAGGCAAAAGCUAGCUCUGAAAAGACUAAAUCCACUUCGGUGAGUCCUAGAAGGUCUAGCUCAAUUAAGGAAAAAGCUAGCUCUGAAAAGACAAAAUCCACUUCGGUGAGUCCUAGGAGGUCUAGCUCAAUUAAGGAAAAAGCUAGCUCUGAAAAGACUAAAUCCACUUCGGUGAGUCCUAGAAGGUCUAGCUCAAGUAACGAAAGUGUCAACUCUGAAAGUGCUAGCCCUAUAAAGACAAAAUCCAGUUUAGUGAGUCCUAGGAGGUCUAGCUUGAUUGAAGAAGGUGCUAGCUCUGAAAAGACUAAAUUUACUUUGGAGAGUCCUAGGAGGUCUAGCUCAAGUGAAAAAAGUGCUAGCUCUGAAAAGACUAAAUCCACUCCUGUGAGUCCUAGGAGGUCUAGCUUAAUUCAAGAAAAUGCUAGCUCUAAAAACACCAAACCCACAUCAGUGAGUCCUAGGAGGUCUAGCUCAAUUGAGGAAAGUGUUAAAACCACUUCUGUGAUCCUUAAGAGGUGUGAAAUUGGUACUACCCCUAAAUUGCCUACCAAUGGAACAAAUGUAUUCUGCCGUAGGAAGUGUACCCUCACUAAAGAUGGUUCUAGCAGUCAACGGGGCAAAAGGGAGGCUAAUUCUUUCAGUCCUAGGUAUAGCAUGACUACAAAUGAUGCUAGUACCAAAAACAAGAAGAGCGAUACCGGUUCCCCAAGUGUUAGGUGGCCUAAACUGGUGAAAGGUGGUUUCAGUCCUGGUAGGACAGGGGAAUCCACUCCUGCUAAGAAACCCAGAUUAAUUGAAGAUGGUCCUGGUCCUCAAAAGAAUUUAAGAGUGGCGAAUGCUAAGAAGUUGGCUAAAGCAGCAAAAGCCAAAACCAUAGCAAAAAUGAAAAAUGCUAGUCAAUCGCAAUUGCAGAAUGGAGCUGAAACAAACCUGUCAGCAGAGAACCGUGCUAGCUGCGAGACUGUGAAAAAAAUUAAAGUUAAAGGUGUGUGGAUUCCUCCGAAAAUGACAGUCAUUGAUACGCCUCCGGCAGAAAAAAAGAAAGAGGCAGGAUCCCAGGAUCAGACAUUAGUUUCCCCCCCAAGUGUUUCUCGCUUCCCUAUGCCUGUCAGAGCACCACCUAUUGUAUCACCGUUACAGCCUUUAUCAGUCAUUGGUAGACGUCUGCUCAAGAACCAGUGUGGGGAGUGCGGACGUGUCCUCAGCAGCGUUGCCGCCCUGGAAAGCCACGUCAGUCUCCACAAAGGUCGUCGGCCUUUCUCAUGCACGCUCUGUGGGAAGAACUUCCCAGACUCAAAAUGUCUUAAACGGCAUGGCCGGGUGCACCGCAAUGGUAGGAUCCAUAUCUGUCAGAAGUGCGGGAAGGGCUUUGUCUACAGUUUUGGCCUCACCAAACACCUCCAGAUGGUGCACAGCAAGAUUAAACCUUUCAUCUGCCAGAUCUGCAACAAGGGUUUCCUCACAAAACGAGAUGUGGAAGCCCACAUACGAAUCCACACUGGAGAGAAACCAUUCCAUUGUGACCUCUGUGGAAGGACAUUUACAAGGAGGGUAGAACUCAACGUGCAUUUAAGGUGGCAUAAUGGAGAGAAGAGGCACUGGUGCCCAUACUGUGGGAAAGGAUUUUUAGACUUUAAUAACCUGAAAAGGCACAAAUAUACCCACACGGGGGAGAAACCACAUGCCUGCCCACACUGCCCCAAGCACUUCUCGCAGUCAGGCCACGUGAAAAAGCAUGUUAAAAAUGUACAUAAAAUCCAAUGAGAGAUGGACAUUCAAGAUGCAUCCCUGCUCCACUGAGAAUGUUGAUGACUUUUUAUAUUGACAGAUACAAAGCUGUGUGAUGUUAGAGAACUUGGUGCGAAAGGGAUCAGUUCAGUUUUAUUCUUUUGGUGCAAUGGGUUUGUAAACCAAUGUGUGUGUAUGGAGCUGGAGCAAGGAGGGGAUUAGCGAAGCGUAAGAGAAGUGAACGCAGCACAUCUAAAGCAUUUGAAUUGUUAACUGCGUACAGAUUAAACAAAUAAGAUAGGACAUGCAUUUAAUUAAUUAAAGAGCUUCAGAGACUUUGGACAGAGCCAGGCUUGCUAUUUCCCUCUGCUCCCAGUCUUUAUGCUAAGAUGAACUGUCUCCAGGCUCCAGAUCCAUAUUUUAUGCACAGCUGUGAGAGUGGUAACUCUCUGCAGGUAAACAAAUAAGCGCAUUUCCCAAAAUGUUAAACCUUUUAUCGUUAUGAAGAUUACUUUUUUUAGAGCACUAUGUGCUUUUCACAGGGUAGAGAAAAGUGAAGCAUGCAUGACGUGUUCUGACAAUAUCUUCGACCUUGGUUGGUUUCUAAGAUUACACACAUAAAAGUGGCAUUUCGCUUAUUUCAAUUAAUAAUUCAUUUCUGAUUGGUUAGAUCACCUGUGAACCAAUAUUAAAACAUUUUGUAUUUCUUGAAGCAUUAUGAAACAAAUCGUAGCGAUACAAUGAGGAAUUCAGUUUAUUUGAACAAGUUUUGUUGUGUACACAGCCCCAAGAUGGCGUAGAUAUUGUAAUGUUAUUGGAAAAAAUGCAAAGGUAAAUUAACAUUAACCUCAAGUAGCCUUUAUCAUGUACAUGAAACAUCUGUUUUAGACAUACAAAGAUCAUGUAAAAACAUUUUUACUAUCGUACAUGUUCUUCCAUUGGUUUUAUCACAACUAUUCACAAUGGAAUCGAGUUUGACCGUUUUUGCAGUUCAGUUAAUCCCCGAAAAAUCAAUGAAUGUAACCUCAUGGCCGUCGCAGCUCGGGAUAAGCAAAAUGUUUUAUUGUUAAAAGUUAAUAAAUUUUUUUAUUCGAGCAGACACCCCCCAGUUGACGCCGCCAUGAAGAAAUCUACUUCUGUUAACUUUAAUUUUCCCGUCAUGUUUGGUCUAAACAUACCAAGAGGAUGUGUCUACAGGCUCUAUUACAAAAGACUGGCUAAAUGGCAUUGCUUUGCUAAAUCCUUCUGGUUUUUUUUCUUAAAGAGACGGUUGAAGCUUGUUUUCCAUUUUCUGUGUUCAGUGCUAACAACAUUUAGACCACUGUUAGACAAAGUUGACCCAUCCAUUUAGAAUUCUAACCCUCAUUUCAUUGUUCAAAUUCUGAAUUUACACCGUUUUCAUUGCCAUCGAAUGAAGAUGUACAGUAUAUGUUCUUGGUCCUGUCAUUUAAGAAAACAGGUAAUAAAUGUUGAGUUGUCAACCUAA